UAAGUACAAUUAAUCGCAAAACAAUGCCAAAGGCCAAACAACAGCUAAAAUCCUUAAGUGAAUGGCAUCAGCCGUAACUGUUCAGCUAUGUUUAAUCCACUCAUAAAGGAUACCUAAAUCAUAGAUGUAUAACAAUCCCAUGUCGCUCGUGUAUUUCCUCCAUAGACCUAUAAACUAUGAUUUCCCCCGAACUGCAAUCCCCAAUAUAUUUUGUGCCACUGGUCUAUAAUACAUUUGUGUUUUGUACGGCGGCAGCGACGAUUAUAAUUAAUAUUAUACUAAUACAAUAAUACCUAAUUAGUAAUUUGUAUUAGAAUAUAAUAUUGUUAUUGUAGAAAGUUAGUAGACACGAGUCACGGCGGACAUUGCCAUUGGCCAAAAUCUCGUCGCCUUAUCUGCCAUUCUGCCACGUUAUUGUGACGAACGACGGUGUUAAUCUUAAUAGGUAGCUAAUUCUAUAAUCUAUGGUGUUAUUUGCCCGGUCAUUUUUUCUAUUACCUACAUGACAACCGUGUCAUGCGAUUAGCUCCAAUAGUAUUACAACGUAGGUAGGUAGGUACUUGCAAUAACAUUUUUAUCGGCCACAUUUAAUUCUUAAUAGUCGCAUUGCCGUCCGAUAUCGACGUCGUCGUCAAGAGGUCGAAAGUCGUCCAAGUCGAACAUACAAUCGCGACCGCCGACAAUCGUUGAGAUCUGGUCAGUCUUCGCUGACUAUAACAGUUUGUACCUAAUUGAUUUUCGUGUGAAGCACUCCCGAGCCAUUUUACGCACUGCACACGUUCGAUUCACAUCUCUAUUCAACCAUGAAGUUCACUGAUGAGAUCCAACAAAAGUUUGCUUUCACAGUUCAUAUCCGAUGUGAAAAUGAUGUCAAUGAAAAGAUAAAACAACUGGUAUCGGGCGGCCCAGAUAAAUUACAAAUAAUAUCAGAUUUCGAUCGAACCAUAACUACUUCAGAGUAUAACAAUAAACAAACCAUGAGUAGUUUUAGUGUCUUUGAAGCGUGUGACAGUCUGUCAGAAGAUUACAAAGAAAAAGCGAGAACACUAUUACAAAAAUAUCGACCAAUUGAAGAUAACACACAAAUGACAGUUGCACAAAAGUUACCAUUUAUUGAAGAAUGGUGGCAUCAAAGUGAACUUUUGUUGAAAGGCCUAUGUUUCCAGUAUGAAGAUAUUAUUAAAUCUAUCAAGAAAGCUGACCUUCAUCUUAGAGACGGGAGUGCUGAAGCAUUUAACAAAUUAUUCAGAAAAAAAAUACCUAUUAUUGUAUUAUCUGCUGGCAUUGGUGAUGUUGUUGAACUGAUACUAAUGCAUGAAAAUUUGUUUACUGAUAAUGUAUCAGUAGUUUCAAAUUUUUUAAAAAUGUCUAAAGAUAAUAAUGGUUUAUCCACAAUUGAAGGAUUUAAAGGACAAAAACUCAUACACGUAUUCAACAAAAAUGAACAUGCAUACAUUGAUUCACAUAAAAAUGAUACACAUUUAAGUGGGAGAUCCAAUGUUAUCCUUUUAGGUGAUUCGUUAGGAGAUGCAAAUAUGGAUGGUGGUAUCCAAUAUGAUACUGUACUACGUAUAGGAUUUUUAAAUGCCGAUUUGAUGGAACACGAGGAUGGAUAUUUGCAGCAAUAUAAACUUGCCUUUGACAUAGUUUUGGUUCAAGAUCAAACUAUGGGAUUGCUAAAUUAUUUAUUGGAUGAAAUAAUCGGAGUAAAAUCAAUGCCGUCUAAUAAAAGAUAAUAAAGAGACAACAAAGUGGAUAUUACUAAUUAUUAUUAUCACUGUUUUUAUAUAGUGAUAAAAAUCAAAUACAUAUAUAUUAUUUACAUUUUCAAUAGUUAUGAAAUACUGAAUCUAAUCUGUUAUAACAUCUAUCUUAGAAAAUAAACUAAAAUAAUUAUUAUUCAA